UUGACCCGUAUUUUCCUCUCAGUCCUGCGGGUGGCUCGACAGCAGAGCUCCACUUUGAGACAUAUGGCUAAGAGACCUCAAGUUAAAUUCACCUUUGCGAGACGAGUGCAGCUUUAACCGCAUACGGCCGAAGACUCAACGCGCAAGACUUGGCGAAACAUAUCGAAAACGACCUAUUUUACUGUACAAGAGUGCGCGGAGGAAUAAGCAGACAAAAAAGCAACACGUAGCCGGUGGGAUUUGAGUCCCUUGAGAGAGCGAGAUUGGAGCGCGAGCGAGCGAGAGAGGGAAGAGUUUCUCCAAAAGUGGAAACAGACACGGGGACGUUAUUUUCCCUUUUCACAAGCGAAGACUAAGGAAUUAUGAGGAACGUUUGGAUGAUAUUAACCCUCGGCUUGACAGCCUUUCUUUCCGGGGAAAGGAUAGCAGUCUCUGCAGCCAAAUCCACCUCCUUGACCGAUGACUUAUACCUGGAGGAGGCCGGGUCAGGAGGCUACCCUGAAGAUGACGACGACUUCACUUCUGGAUCAGGAUCAGGAACUGGAGGUGAAGUUAUUGAGGAAAGUGUCACAUCAAAAACAUUAUUCAUCGUGCCUAAAGCAGAGCCAACACAGGACUCCACCAAAGACUUCACACCGAAAGUGGAGACAUCUACGUCAGGCGAUGUCCCCAAAGACACAAAGAAACGAGUCAGGAUACAGGACCCAGUUCCUACCACAGAAGACUUACGUAGAAACCCAGUCACAAGCACCACCAGCCUCCCUCGAUCACCUCUGGAUGUCCAGUCGGAAAAUCUCUUCCAGAGGACAGAGGUUUUGGCAGCUGUCAUUGCGGGUGGAGUUAUCGGCUUCCUCUUUGCCAUCUUCCUCAUCCUCCUUCUGGUGUACCGCAUGAGAAAGAAGGACGAAGGCAGCUACGACCUCGGGGAGAGGAAGCCGUCUGGAGCGGCCUAUCAGAAAGCUCCCACCAAGGAGUUUUACGCAUAGACUCACUCAUGUACAACCGAGCUUCACCAACCAGAGUGAUGGUCUAAUAUCAGUGACUACGACAAACUCGUUCUGCAUAAAAAAAAAGAAUAAAACAUACGACAUGAUUGAGGAAAAAAAUAAAUAUCAUAAAGGAAAGCUUUUGCAUAGAGUAUUGUAAUUAAGACCUUUUCUUUCCUCUUUUUUUUUAAUGAAAAAACAAGCAUUGCUCAUUUUAUGGCAAAUCUCUGUAUUUAAACAUUAUUUUCUGUGUAUUUGAAAAGGCUUAAAAGAAACACAAUCUGUAAAGGUGAGGAUAUCUGCAUCUGUCUUCUGUCAAAGGAGCUGUUUUUAGUCGCUGACUACUUUUUAACUGUAGCAGUAUGUAUUUGUAAAGAAAAUUUUAAAGUGGAAUAAUUGAAUAUAAUUGUUCUGUAUCAGUCCUGACUUCAUUUCUCAUCUUUUUUUUUUUGUCCUAGCAUGUCUAAUGUUGAUCACAAGUGUUUCAUUAAUUUAUCAUUUUCUCGGCUGUUGAAAAAUGCUUUUCUGUAGUUUUCUGAACUCUGUCUAAUAACUCUUUUAACGAGUCAGUGUAAAUGUUUCCUUCCAGGUUGCAAUGUUCAUUUUAUUAUUACACAACACGCAAUUCAGCGUUUGUUUUAUUUUGGUGCUUAGAACUGAAAAUACGUCAAAAGACCCAUGUCUUGCAAAGUGAUUCGAGUUACAUCUGCGCUUGAGUGUUUGCAGGUUAAGAAAAACAACCAGUGCCAUUUUUCAUCCGUUCUCAUCUUGGCAACUCUGAAGCUUCUCACAUGGUUGAAAAGAGGCUGAUUUAUCAAACUGAUGAGCCCAGAGCCUGUCCUCUGUGAUGAGAGCUUGAGGUAGCUCAUACUGGGGAUCUGACACGGCCUGCCCACCUCCAGACAUGCAUUUCCUUUGAUCAGAGCGCCGUUCUGAUGUUUCAGUGAUGAAAAGCUCGCAUUUAUUCUCACGUCACACUGCAGUGAUCUGUUCUAUUAGUUCAUGAAGAGAGUAGACCUGAUUUUUUUUUUACUGUUAGAGGCUUUGCUUUCCUACUGGGCCCAAACAAACUAGCAACUUGUAAUCACUUUCAUUGAAAUCAUUCAUUUUUUAACAGUUUCCACUAGUUUGGGAUUGUUUGAAGAAGCUGAAGGUCAGCCGCCCAGUUUGAGUGCUGUUAAUGUAUCUCUUCAGUGCUCAUCAAAAACCAUUAUGGAGGCCAGUAAUGUCCCAUACAGAUCAGUAUGAUCAAACUCACGCUCUCUAGAUCCAUAUAAAGGUUGUGAAGUUGCCUUGAGAAGCAUGACUCCCUGUGUAUCUUUCCUUCCUUGCCCUGUUUAUGUACCCAACUGUGACCAACACCCCAAAGUGACUGUACUGACCCUUACCUAAUCUAAGCUGGAGCUGAAGGAAGCAAGGUACUGAGAAAACAUAGGCAAAUCCAAAGACUCAUUUGAUUUUCACAUUGCUGUUUAUUCCUUUGGCCACAUUUGAAUUUUCAUUGUUAGCUGUUAGUUUGUUAGUUUUUGUUUUUGAGUAGACAUCUGACCUUUGCAUCCAAUUAGUUAUUCAUGUAUGGGAAAAAUCUAUAUAGAAUUAUAUAUAAAUGUAUAUUCACAAAUGUUUUAAACCUUGCCUUAAAAGUGCCUACCAUUUGGAAACGUGCAAAUGUCUGUCAUUUAGACGCGAUGUGUACGCCAGAAUAGCUAGAGUGAUCGGUAUUGUGUUAGCACAGCAGACUGAAAUGGUAACUUUUUUUAGUUGUACAAAAAGCAGACAGUAUUGUACCUAUAAGUUAAAACAACACUACUGAAUAAACAUUGUGGCCUAAA